AAGUACAACAAAAAUACGCGAGAGAGAGUUUGAGAUAUUUUUUUUCGAAAUGAAGGGAGUGCAUUGGCUUCUAAUAGUGGCUGUGGCCUGGUGGUUGCGACAAGGCGGCGCUCUCUCCGUGCCCGGAAUGUGCAAACGCCGGUGUGGGGACGUGGACGUACCUUUUCCGUUCGGGCUCAAUCCCUAUUGUGCGAGGUCCCAAGAUUUUUUGCUUAAUUGCACCAACAUCGAAGGGAGCGGUAUUCAACUACAGUGGGGGAAUCUUACGAUACACAAAAUCUCGGUCGGGGACUCGACCAUGAUCGCCAGUCUCCCCGAAGCAUACGAGUGCUAUGAUCAGGAUGGCACGCUAGCAGAUAAAAGCAAUCCUCGGGCCAUCGAUCUAUCUCCAAAUCCUCUGUACAGAUUCUCAGAAACCCAAAACAAGCUCGUCCUCGUCGGCUGCAACGCCUUUGCGUCCGUGGCCGAUGGAGAAGGGACGGACAGGAGCGCUUGCGUCUCCUACUGCAGCGGCAAUGACGACUUCGCCAACGAGACCACUUGCUCCGGUCAAGGUUGCUGUCAAGCAUCCAUCCCAAAGGGGCUCACGACGCUCAACAUUAACAUCUCCUCCUUCGGCCAAAACGUGCCGAAGUCGCAACACGGCCGCUGUGCACGGGCCUUCGUGGUGGACAACAGGCCAUUCAAUAUCUCAAACUUGACUCUCCAGACGUUCCAGGAUGUAAAUAACAACUCAGGCCUUGUUGUGGACUGGAUGGUCAAAUCGGACGUGGGAUGCGAAAAGGCCAAGGACAAUUCGAGCUAUGCCUGUGGUAAUAACACGGAUUGUAGAAACUUCGGGAAUGGAACGGGUUAUCGUUGCGUUUGCAGGGAUGGGUACAAUGGGAACCCCUAUAAUCGCUCCAAAGGGUGUAAAGCCAUCCCUUGCCCAUUUGGACUGAAGCUCAAUAAAAGCCGUUGCCAAAUUGCUCCUCGCGCCAUAGCUGCUGCAGCGAUGGCUGUGUCCUUCUUCGGCAUAACUAUUACUGCUUCAGUCUCUGUCACAAUGAGGUGGAGACUCAGAAAGAUCAACUUCAGAAAAAAUGGAGGAGAGCUCAUGAAAAACCGCAAAGUUCCAAUCUUCACAGAGUCGAAAUUGGCGAAAGCAACCAACCGCAAAGAGCUCCGCAAUGAUGGUUUUGGUUUUGUCUAUAAAGGGACACUAGAGGAGCACAAUGGCACCGUGGUUGUGCGGGACACCGUGGUCGUGGUCAAGAAGCCUAAAGAUGUGGACCGGUCUCUACUAAACAAGGAUUUCCAGCAUGAGCUUGAAAUUCUUAUGAACAUAAGCUGCAAAAAUGUGGUGAAGCUCAAAGGCAUAUGCUUGGAGACCAAAACACCAUUGCUGGUUUAUGAAUACAUUCCGAAUGACACCCUCUUCCAACUCAUCCAUCAAAACGAGUCGACCAUCUCGUGGGAAAAACGCUUCAAGAUAGCCGCCCAAGCUGCUCUUGCACUCAAUUAUAUGCACUCCAAGAUACAAUCCCCAAUCUUUCAUGGCAACAUCAAGUCAGCGAACAUACUUCUGGAUAAAAAAAACUCGGUGAAAAUAUCCGAUUUUGGAACUUCAGUGCUCAUAUCACCAAAGCAUAGACAUAUGGUAGCCACUCAGAAAAAAGACUCGUUGGCCUACAUUGAUCCGGAAUAUUUAGUCACCGGUAUGCUAACACCUCAAAGCGAUGCAUACAGCUUUGGAGUUGUCCUGGUGGAGUUACUCACGGGAAAGGAACUUUAUGUUAUUGAGUCCGAAAAGUCAUUCAAUACCAUCCAUUGUUUCAUCUCUUCUGUGAAGGGCGACACACUCUCCAAUGUCAUAAACUUUGAGGGCGCUAGUGAAGAUGAAAUGGAGAAAAUACGAAGUGUAGCUAAGAUUGCAGUGAAGUGCUUGGACCAAAGUGGUGCAAACAGGCCAGCAAUGAGCCAUGUGGCUCAGCAACUUGCCAGUAUCAACCCGAGCUCGACAGUUGAAGAAGAGAAUGAAGAGCCCGAACGGGAAGUGGAUGCAGAAGAACUUUGAAGCUGUCUUUCCUGUCUGGGAAUGGAUUCAACUUCUUCCUGCAUCUAAUCCCUUAUUACCAUAGCGACAUGUUUGUCAAUUUGCAUGUAAGGACUUCUAGGGUUGAUUAUGUGCUUGGAAUAUAUGUUAUGUGUGCCAUUUUCUUUUGGACGUUAUAUUUGUGGAAGCAUCUUUGCAAGUUCAAGUGUGAGAAUCUAAUAUGAUAUAUGUAAAGCCGUGCGUUGAAGUGGACUUAUAGGAG